AUGCCUCCUCUUCCGAGCCGAGCCACCAUCGCACAGCUGAUGAAUCUGAGCAGGCACACUGUGUGCCCAUGUCAUGCCUGUCGAACUUCCGGUCCAAUAGCAUCUCACGCUAUCAACCAGUUUAGAAAGUUCGCCACGCCCGUGGAACUCGCUCCAGAGAAGGAAUAUGCCUUCGAGGUGGCAGCGAGCAAUCUACGAUUUGGUGCGGGAGUAACGAAAGAAGUUGGUAUGGACUUUGCAAAUGCCAAAGCUUCGAGGGUCGGAGUCCUCACGGACCCCAACCUUGCGAAGCUUAAACCUGUUAAGACUGCGAUUGAAUCGCUCCAGGCCAAUAAUGUCCCGUUCGAACUCUUCACAAAUGUGGCCGUCGAACCUACAGAUGCAAGUUGGUUAGAAGCGAUCGCUUGGGCACGCAAGCACAAUUUCAGCCAUUUUUUGGCUGUUGGAGGGGGUAGCGUUAUGGAUACAGCUAAAGCUGCGAAUUUGUUCACCGUUUACCCUGAAGCUGACCUGUACGAUUUCAUCAAUGCCCCAGUAGGGAGAGUCCCUACGACCGCUGGGACGGGAUCUGAAACGACUGGGACGGCGAUCCUGGACAUACCCUCAAAGAAGUUCAAGACGGGUAUCGCGAACAGGGCUCUGAGGCCGACACUUGGGAUCGUAGAUACUGAUAAUACUGACUCAUGCCCCACUGAGGUGCAUAUCAGUGCCGGUUUGGAUGUGCUCUUCCAUGCCAUGGAAUCGUACACUGCAAUCCCUUAUUAUGAGCGCACGCCCCGCCCGGCCAACCCAAUUCAACGUCCAGCAUACCAAGGCUCAAACCCCAUCUCUGAUGUAUUUUCCAUGUGGGCUUUGCGUCAAACGAUUGAGCACCUGCCUAGGGUAGCGAGGAACAAGGAGGACAAGGAAGCCAAGUCACAAAUGUUGCUUGCAGCUACGUUUGCCGGUAUUGGCUUUGGCAAUGGGGGAGUACAUUUGUGUCAUGCUGCGAGUUACCCGAUUUCCGGUUUCAAUAAGACGGGUCCGAAGUGGUACCAUCCUGGUUAUAACCCCGAUAAGCCUAUCAUCCCACAUGGAAUAAGCGUGGCGCUCACCUCACCUGCUGUCUUCCAAUUCACUGCUCCCUCUUCCCCUUCCCGUCAUCGUGAAGCACUAUCCAUCUUCCGACGCGUACCGCUCACCGAUCCAUCCAUCACACGCCUACCUGAGGACUCGAUAGGAGACCACCUUUAUGAAGCUAUUGCAGAGUUUUUGGAUUCUCUGGGCGUUCCGCGCGGGUUGGAAGCUGUUGGGUAUGGGAAAGAUGAUGUGGAGAUGAUUGUACAAGGAACGUUGCCUCAACGGAGGGUGUUGGACUUGGCGCCAGGAAUUGGAGAUGUUGCGGGAGAGGACGGAGCGGAGCAUUUAAGGGGGAUUAUUUCGAAGAGUCUGAGGUACUAG